AUGCGCCGUGAGAUGCAACACGAGACAGAGCUCUCCGACCUCGACACCCUGCAGAGCAUGACCUCGGGCACCUUCUUCUACGAGAUCGCCCUCCUGCGCAACUGGCAGUACGUGCGCGAGAAGCUCCAACUGCAGGUCAUCCUCUACCUCCCGCUCUCCCAAGUCCCCACGGCAAUGCUCACCCUCAACCGCGGCAGAAACAACGGGCCGUGGAACCAGUGCUCCAACGGGGUGCAGAUCUACGGCAACUUCCGCCCUGACGGCGAGAACAACACCCUCUCCGUGCAGCGCAACGUCUGCAGGCGCAUCACCGCCGCCAUCCGCAACUUGCAGCCCGCAAGGAUCUCCUUCGCCCUCUGCUUCACGGGGCUGGAUUCUCUCAUCCAGAUGGUGCGCACACCACUGAUGCCGCUGCAUCCCAAUAGCAAUCAGAUCAAUGCCGACCUGUAUUUCAUACACGAGGACAGCCAGGUGGUGAUUGGAAACACAGGGUUGGUGCUUGGGGAUGGAGCCGACCGAUGCACUCUCAAGUACAGCCUCACACUGGGCCCGUACUAUAUCUGCAACGAGCUCUGCCUUCUGCAACCUUCGGCUGUCUGCAGCGGGGCAGUGGAGCUGCAGUCGGUCUACUGA